AUGUACACCUCUCACCGUGUUGUGGAGUGUAAGACAAAGCCUGCUUUUGAGGUGCCGCCCAGUUACUCCUCACCUGUCGGGCUCUGGCACCUAGCCACUUUGCCCUAUCCCACUCCAGACUUCAGUGCCCAGAGCCCGAAUGGUCGCUGCUUCGGCCAAGGGGACAAACCAGCCCGCCUUACCUGCGCCGCUCGGGUUGCCAGCCUAGCCCCUACGCACGCCGGCCUUGGACUCGACACCCAGCGCCUCCGUGAUUCCGCUGCCGACGCGGAUGCUGCUGCUGCUGCUGCUGCUGCUGCUGCUGCUGCUGCUGCGGAGUGCAGUGCAGAAACCCAUAACCUCGGGCAGUUCUUCAAACCCCUGCUCAGCCAGGACUCGAGGCCAGGAUCUUUCAAGGAUGUGCGCGUGAACCUGAGUCCCCAGCCUGUGAAGGAGAUGUGGCGGGGCAUGUUCCCGCACAGCCACAGUCCCUACCUACCAAACGUCGGGCCCCAGCGUAGCCCAGAAGAAAAAGUUGAGAGGAGACACAGGUUCAACAUCAAUGACCGCAUCAACAAGCUGGGAAUGCUGAUCCCCAAGGCCAAUGACCUGGAUGUGAGCUGGAAUAAGGGCAUCAUUCUCAAGGCCUCUAUGGAUUACAUCCAGAGGAUGCAGAAAGAUCUGCAGAAAUCCCGAGAACUGGAGAACCACUCUUGGCGCCUAGAGAUGACCAACAAGCAGCUCUGGCUUCGCAUCCAGGAGCUGGAGAUGCAGGCGCGGGUCCACGGCCUCCCCACUACAACGCCAUCCGGCGUGAACAUGGCUGAGCUGGCCCAACAGGUGGUGAAGCAGAAACUACCCAGUGAAGACGGCCCACGGGAGGCUCUCAUGCUGGGGCCUGAGGUCUCUGACCCUGAGCCAAUGCCUGCUCUCCCUCCGCAGGCCCCACUGCCCCCAGCCACCCAGCCACAGUACCCUUUUCAUCACCUGGACUUCAGUCACAGUUUGAGCUUUGGGGGUGGGGGUGAUGAGGGGCCCACAGGCUACCAUGAUCCCCUGGGGGCAGAGCAUGGCUCCCCGUUCCCCAACCUGUCCAAGAAGGAUCUGGACUUAAUGCUCCUAGAUGACUCCCUGCUACCCCUGGCCUCCGACCCCCUCUUUUCUACCAUGUCCCCUGAGGCCUCCAAGGCAGGCAGCCGCUGGAGCAGCUUCAGUAUCGAGGAGGGCGAUGUCCUGUGA